AUGGGUAAAAUUCUGAACUACGGCUCUAUCAACAUUGACGAAUUCUUCGCUGUCCCUCACAUUUGCCGUUCCGGUGAGACCAUGUCGUCUACCGAUUACUUUGUCCGCGCCGGCGGUAAAGGUGCCAACCAGUCGGUAGCCCUAGCAAAGGCUCACGGCAACGUGUAUCAUGCUGGCAAAGUCGGAAAAGAUGCGGUUUGGAAUAAUGGCCGCGCGUUCAUCCAGUUGAGCGCUGAGACCAAUGACAACUGUAUUGUGCUGUUCCCGGGUACCAAUGGCACUUACACAGUGGAACAGGCGGCCAAGGUGCUCGAGUCGUUUGGCCCUGGCGAUUGGAUCGUUCAGCAAAAUGAGAUCAGCCACGGCGGUGAAAUCAUGCAGUUGGCCAUCGAAAAAGGAUUAUCCGUCUUUUUCAACCCUGCUCCGCUCACCAAAGGCAUUUUGAACCAGUUCCCGUUUGAUAAAGUGGCGAUAUUGGUAGUGAACGAAACAGAAGGAGAUGACCUCUAUAAUGAACUGGGCGGACAAAAGAAAGUAACCGGCUUGGACUUGGCCACUGAGCUCUUGAAUCAUUUUAGCGGAAUGAAGGGAAUCAUUCUUACCUUGGGUGGCCAAGGCUUGGUUGCGAAAUUCAGACAUGAUGGUGCAGAGCGCGAUUUCCAUGUACCCAGCCGAAAGGUGGCCGUCAAGGACACCACAGGUGCCGGUGACACGUUUGUGGGUUAUUUCUUAUCAUCUUUUGUGCGUGAAGAAAAGAACAUGGAUUAUUUUGCACGCGUGCAGUAUGCUUUGGAGGAAGCGACAUUUGCUGCAUCGAUUGCGGUUUCACGACCAGGGGCCAUGAUUUCCGUACCUACAUUAGAAGAAGUUCGCGAGCAACAAGCCAAAGAUCAUUAA